AUGGCAUCUCAUUCAAAGUUCAGGGAUUUUGGAGAGAACUUUGAUCUUGCAUCAUACAUCGAUAAAAAAGGAUAUCCGGACGAUAUAGGUGUUUUAAAGGCAGCAAAGAAUGAUUUGUUGAGCAAAAAAAAAGAUCUUGAGAUAAGCAUUCUCCAGGAGUUUAUACAGAACGAGGAUCAUUUUAUGAAUGUAUUGGAUAAUUACAGUAAGGUAGCUAAUUUCAAAAAAGAAAUCAAGGAGAAUUUGGCCAACUAUAAAAAAUUAAUAGUGAGACUCAGAGAAAAAGAGGUAAUAACGUUCGUUGAUGAUAAAAAGAGGGAUGAAUUAGAGCAGAAAUUUACUGAUUUUGAAGAUGAUAUGAGUUUGUUUCAAACUGAAAAACGAUACUUGGUGGAUUAUGUAAACAUAAGUGUUGAACACAAUAACACGGAGCGGAGUGGUGUAAUUCUGCUUACAAACGAUUUUCUCUUUGUUGGGGUAAAAGGCGUAAACAAAUAUAAACUCCUAAACGUGUUUUCGUACGAUCUUGUGCAGAUGAAAAUGGAGAAGGAUUGUUUAAUUCUGCUGGUUGAUCCCAUACGCUUGAAGGUUAGUGGUAAUUAUAAAUCACUAGAAAAAGUCUAUACUGUUUGGCAAGAAUAUACAUACGAGUCUGAGAAAGAUGAAAAAAGUUUGGAGAAGUCUGGCAAUGUGGAAUAUGAGAGAUAUUUACUGGAAACGAACAGAUUUGUGGAAAGCAAACCGCACCUGUACAAGGUGCGCACCUAUGAAAACUUCGAAGUAAUUUUAAAAACCGGCAACACAGAGCUAAUAGCAAAAUUUUUCAUAAGAAGAUUCACCGAAAAGCUGAACGAAUUAUGUUUUGAGAGUCUGGCAGGAACAUUAGGGCAAGCUUUUCACAUUUUAAUGAAAUUUUAUGAUGAGGAAAAAGGUAUACUUGAAAAUUUUAAUUUGCUUAAGUAUUUUCCCGCUAUGAUUGAGGCACAUAUUAUAACAAUUAUGAAGUUUUUGGAACCGAAAAUUUUCUGGAAAAGACGGCCACUAGAAGAAGUAAAUAAUGCAAUCGCUGCCAUAAAACAAUCUUUGAAAUGGAACGGAUAUAAUUAUGUAUAUUUACUUGAUAUUUAUGAUGCUAAAAUACGUGAACAUGAGCAAGUCAGACUCGGCAUUGCCAAAACAGAGAUAAGCAAAGUAAUUGACGAAACACAAAAAGAAAAGUGAAUUUUUGUGUUAAAUGCCUUAGUUUUGCUAAGACAAUGCCGCUUUCAGGGUGUUAUUUUUGAACAUGUGCAUAUCUAUACCUCUAUUAAAUUUACGUCAACCAAAUUGUUUCUUAUCACCGGAGCUAACAUCCUCUUACGUCGAUAUUAAAUCACAUAUCCCUCUAUCAACAGUAUUUACGUUCGAAAGCUUUGCUAAUGAUGUUAUUCUGGUAAUCUCUAUGUACAAUGAAGGGAUAUACUAAC